GUUCUGCCUUGCCGUGCAGCGCAGCUUCACCAUAUAUCUGCUUCGCAUUCAUCCUCCUGCCAUACCCCAAGCACACGCCGUUCCAGUAUCUACUGUGCACAAAUCUCAAGCUCACACAUCUCUUCUCUACAUUUUUGAAUCAUGAUUGGUCCAGGCACCGGCAUGCUUGGAGAGGAUGGAAUCCACGUCGACAUGAACCAUCUCAAGUCCGGGGAAGUCAACCUGGGUACAUCAAUUAUGGCCAUCAAUUUCAAAGACGGGGUCAUUCUGGGAGCAGACAGUCGGACAACGACAGGAGCAUACAUUGCCAACCGAGUGACGGACAAGCUCACCCAAGUACACGACACCAUCUGGUGCUGCCGGUCAGGGUCUGCAGCCGACACUCAGGCCGUGGCCGACAUCGUUCAAUACCAUCUCGGGGUCUAUGGAAUCAUGAACAACGAGUCUCCCACCACCCAGACCGCUGCUGCACUGUUUCAAGAAUUGUGCUACGACAACAAGGACCAACUGAGCGCUGGCAUCAUUAUUGCAGGCUACGAUAAGCGGAACGGUGGACAAGUCUACUCGAUACCUCUAGGAGGAUCAUUGCAUAAAGGACCAUAUGCUAUCGCAGGUUCAGGGUCGACCUACAUCUACGGAUACUGUGAUGCACAUUGGAAAGAAGGAAUGACAGAAGAAGAAGGAAUACAAUUUGUCAAGGGAGCUUUAAGAGAAGCGAUCAAAUGGGACGGCAGCUCGGGCGGUGUCAUUCGAAUGGUAGUGUUGACGGCGAAGGGCGCUCAGCGGCAUCUGUAUCUCCCAGACCAGGACUAUCGAGGACCAGGAAGAGACUGAGCCGAGUAAAAAGGGGUUGGGGCGGCGCACAAGGAUCCUUUUUAGGGGGUGCAUAUGCAUGUUCUGAGCAAAACGGCAUUAGCAAAUUCGACAGACAGACGAGUGCCAGGGCUUAAGAUGAUGAUUCGUCUUUGGCAUCAUUUCUAGUACUUGGGCACGAUCAUGACUGGGCGCCACCAUUGGGUGAUCAUCCGUGCCAGAGUUCACGAUAUGUGUCUGCGUCCCUCUGGGUGGCGGUGGCCGUUGAUUGCUGUUCAGCCGCCUUUCUUCUGUGUAUGCAGUAUGAUGCAAGCGUGCUUAGCACUUGUUUUGCCCCGUGGUGGUGGACGGCAGGGCGGCGAUGGCAAAGUGGUCGCAAUGCUCCGCCCGUCUUCGGGUCUUUACGUGCAGGCCACCAGCUUCGACCACUGGGAAACUGCGCCUCGCGGCUUCAACCCAACCAAACCUAAAC